AUGACUUUCCCGACAGCCCCUGCGCCUGAUAUUGAAUGGACCAAACUAGGUCUGGCUGUGACCGAUAUGGUCAAUGGUCACAUCGAAUCAACCUAUUCGGUCGAAGAGGGCAAGUGGACAGCGCCCAAGUUCAUCGAGGAUCCCUAUCUACGAGUGCAUGGACUCUCAACCGCCCUAAACUAUGGCCAACAGGUGUACGAGGGUCUAAAAGCCUAUCGCACCCAGAGCGGCAAGAUCCAAAUCUUCCGCCCAGCCUUCCAUGCCGCGCGUAUGCAGCACUCGGCAGAUGUAGUAUCCAUUCCACCUGUGCCUAUUGGCCAUUUCAUUGCUGCCGUCAAUGCAGCCGUCGUUUACAAUGCCGAGUGGGUUCCCCCCUAUGACAGUGGUGCAGCCUUGUACAUCAGGCCCGUGCUGUUCGGGUCCAGCGGGCACUUGGCCCUCACACCACCGGCUGAGUAUACGUUGUGUGUUUAUGUCCAGCCAUUCAGCAGUUACCAUGGAACAGCACCGCUGCCGGCGGUGACUUUGGAAGACUUUGAUCGGGCAGCUCCCAAGGGAACCGGGCAUGCUAAGAUCGGAGGUAAUUACGCGCCCGUGAUGAAGUGGUCGAAACACGCGAUGAAAGCGGGAUUCCCGAUGACAUUGCAUCUGGAUAGCAAAACCGGGGAGGACAUUGAUGAGUUCUCAACCUCGGGGUUCAUGGGCGUCAAGAUCACGCAACAAGAAGGGGGAGCGGAGCAAGUGGUCUUGGUCGUGCCGAAGAGUGAUAAUAUCAUCAACAGCGUGACCUCGGAUAGUUUGAUGGCGAUUGGAAAAGGAUUGGGUUAUCAAGUCGAACAUCGCACGGUCAAAUACGCGGAAUUGUCGACCUUCAGUGAAGUAAUGGCCGUGGGAACUGCCGCUUGCUUGGUUCCUAUUCGCUCGAUCACGCACCAGUCGCGUGGGGACUACUUUGUUUACACAACUGAGAGCGCUGCUGGCCCAGUCUGUCAAAAGCUAUAUACAGAGUUGACGAGUCUUCAGCGCGGUGAUAGAGAGGAUAGCCUGGAAUGGUGUCAUGAGGUGAAGCAAGUGCUCGAUGGAGUUGUGCAAAAGUGA